UCAAUCCAGAGUGAGUCCUAUACUCUUAUUUCACGCAGACCCAUAAGAACGCAUCGCAAAAAAUAGUGAUCUACGACAGAUAUGUUUCCCUUUUCUCUCCUUCAGCAGUAAAUGGUGUCUUAGUAAAACGCGUAGUCAUUUGGUGUUUUAUCGAAAGGGGCACUGCAUCCUAUCGGCUCAGCCAGUCCAGCAAACGGCGCAGUGUGUCUUUAAAAGGCUGAGCUGAGAGUCCGGGGCUUUUUCUCCCCGGAUUGUUUUGCUUGUGCCCUACGCAGUGCCAAGGAGCAUAGCAGGCGAUCGGCUGGCGGCGCCUCGCACCAUGGACCCGGUCCGCAGUCCGUGGAAAUGGACCCCCGCUUUUCAGACGAAGACUUUUCCUCUCGUUCUGCUUUACUUGCUGUCUCAAGCUUGCCAGAUGAGUGCCGAGGACAGCGCUAUGGAGGAACUUGCCACUGAGAAGGAGGCUGAGGAAAGUCACAGACAGGACAGCGUGAAUCUCCUGACGUUCAUCUUACUGCUGACAUUAACCAUUCUGACUAUCUGGCUCUUCAAGCACAGACGAGUGCGCUUCCUGCAUGAGACCGGCUUGGCCAUGAUCUAUGGUCUCCUGGUGGGGGUGAUACUGCGCUAUGGCAUCCCCUCCACCAGCUACCACAACAAGACCCCCCCCAGCUGCUCCCUAAGGACAGGGCCCAUCAGCACGCUGCUGCUCAAUGUCAGCGGCAAAUUCUUCGAGUACACGCUGAAGGGCGAGAUCAACUCCCGCGAGAUCCACAAUGUGGAGCAGAACGACAUGCUGCGCAAGGUAACCUUUGAUCCGGAGGUAUUCUUUAACAUCCUGUUACCCCCCAUAAUCUUCCACGCCGGAUACAGCCUUAAAAAGAGGCAUUUUUUCCGGAAUUUGGGCUCCAUCAUAACGUACGCCUUCCUGGGCACGGCGAUUUCCUGCUUUGUCAUUGGGAACCUCAUGUACGGCGUGGUGAAGCUGAUGCAGGUCGUGGGUCAGCUCACUGACAAGUUUUACUACACUGACUGUCUCUUCUUUGGAGCCGUCAUCUCCGCCACUGACCCAGUGACUGUGCUGGCUAUCUUUAACGAGCUGCAUGCGGACGUUGACCUCUACGCCCUGCUGUUUGGGGAGAGCGUAAUGAACGAUGCCGUCGCCAUCGUCCUCUCGUCGUCUAUCGUUGCCUACCAGCCCAUCGGCGCUAACUCGCACACGUUCGACGCCUCUGCCUUCUUCAAGUCCGUGGGGGUUUUCCUGGGAAUCUUCAGCGGUUCCUUUGCCAUGGGAGCCGUCACUGGGGUGGUCACCGCCCUCGUCACCAAGUUCACCAAACUGCACUGCUUCCCUUUGCUGGAGACGGCCCUCUUCUUCCUCAUGUCCUGGAGCACAUUCCUGUUAGCUGAGGCCUGCGGUUUCACCGGUGUGGUGGCUGUGUUGUUCUGUGGUAUCACACAGGCCCAUUACACCUACAACAACCUCUCAGAGGAGUCCACCAAGCGGACCAAGCAGCUUUUUGAGGUUCUGCACUUCUUGGCGGAGAACUUCAUCUUCUCCUACAUGGGGCUGACGCUCUUCUCCUUCCAGAACCACAUCUUCAGCCCCAUCUUCAUCGUAGGGGCGUUUGUUGCCAUCUUCAUAGGAAGGGCCUGUCACAUCUACCCACUCUCCUUCUUCCUCAACCUUGGCCGCAGGCACAAGAUCAGCGGAAACUUCCAGCACAUGAUGAUGUUUGCAGGUCUGCGAGGUGCCAUGGCCUUCGCCCUGGCCAUCCGCGACACGGCCACCUACGCGCGCCAGAUGAUGUUCACCACCACGCUGCUCAUAGUCUUCUUCACCGUCUGGGUCUUCGGUGGCGGCACCACGCCCAUGCUGUCCUGGCUUCACAUCAGAGUCGCUGGGAGAGCGGAGUCGGAUGAGGAGCUGCUCAGUGUGCCGUGGCAGUAUGUCAGGGUUGGCGUGGACCCAGACCAGGACCUCCAGCCUUGUGGAGAACACUUCCAGGUCCUCCAAGGUGAUGGCGCCCAGACGGAAGGAGGCAGCAAGACCAAGCAGGAGAGCGCCUGGCUGUUCCGCCUCUGGUAUACCUUUGACCACAACUACCUGAAGCCCAUCCUGACGCACAGCGGCCCCCCCCUCACCACCACGCUGCCAGCAUGCUGUGGGCCUGUGGCACGCUGCCUCACCAGCCCGCAAGCGUACGAGAAUCACGAGCAGCUGAGGGACACGGAUUCGGACCUCAUCCUGAAUGACGGUGACCUGACGCUCACCUAUGGGGACACGGCUAUCACGGCCAAUGGGGCAUCAGGAGGUCAUGCCGGCGGCAGCUCCGCCGAAUGGGGUGAAGUCAAUGGCAAGCAGAGCGGAGCCACAGCCGAGGCAGCGGCCAUGGAGCGGGAGCUGGAGGCCCGGGAGCAGGAGCUGAUCACCCGAGGGACACGCCUGGUGUUCCCCAUCGAGGACCAUGCCUGAACACCCACCUCCCCUCCAACUCCACCGGCUCCCCCCCCCCAUCCUGCCCUGCCCCCCCAUGUGUUACCCCCCCAUCGAUGACCCAGUACAGAAGAGGCCAGACCGUGGAGUAAGAACGCACUGGGGUGACGGCAAAGGGAGCUGACUUGGGUACGCCCCUGGGGGGCUUCCUGCCCCCGACCUGUAUGUCGGAACCAGGCUCCUGACUUUGGAGUGCGGAGAACCACUAUAUUUCAUGGUGGAGGCCAAGGUGCCCGGACUGGGGGGGCCGCUCCCACACACUCCCUCCUUAGCCACUGUUUAGAGAGGAGAUGGUUUCCCGGUGACCAUCACAGGGACAUUUCUGGAAGGUGACGGGGGGGGAGGUCACGAUCCCCCCCCACCACCACCACCACCGUGUCUGUGAGCCUGAGCCUGAUGGCUGAAAUGUGGGAACGGAGAGAACAGCCUCUCCCUGCCCUGUCUUGCUUGAGGUGGAGGAACCCUGUGUGUGUGUGUGUGUGUGUGUGUGUGUCUUCGUCGUGCUUCAGUUGCCUGACGCUCUUCUCAAACCACUGGCAGCGACGCCUCUUUAGUGACCGUACGGUGAGGCUGAUUAGUGCCCCUGUCCCUGGUAGCCUGGACAGAAACAUGAGGUUUUUUUUGUUAUAUUAACUGUCUUUUUUGGCACGUCGCGUGUCUCUACUUCUGUCAUCUUUCCAAACCGGGUCCGCCUUGCUUCUGUGUCGUCUUAGUCUUGGCCUUUCAUAGGAUCUCAUGCUGUGCUCAGUGUGCUGUGUUCUUAUUGGUCGUUGAGUGUUGGAGCCCCGCCCUCCAUCUCUGCUUUGCAUCUUCACAUUAACAGAGCGGACCGACGGUGCUGAGGGCCGACUGACUGCCGCUCGCUCGGCCUGUCGCUUCUUUAAGGGGCUGCUGCUGUUUGCGGAAGUGGGCUCCUUGACCCUCCGUGACCCCUGAAGCCUGUACUCUUUGUUCCUCUUCCCCGGUCGCCGUCCCACGACGUUCGCGUUGGCUGAGCCCCCCUAACCCCCCCUAACCUCCACCGUAAUACUUGCUGCCUGUAUGGUGGUUGGUGCAGCAUGGAGCCUUUCAGCUUGAUCGGCUUUGAUCUCCAUGAUCCCCUGCGAAGCUUGACUCCAUA